AUGAGCUGUGAUGGAUUCACUCUAUUUUGUGCUGCUCCUGAUGAAGUGUUAACUCGAGCUUGCAAGGCAGAGCAGCGUGAAGCUGCUGGACACAGAAGCCGUGCACUGACUGCAGAGGUGGUCCUUGUGGCCGGCAGGUGCCUCGCCUCAGCCCCGGACCCACAGUGCUCGGGAGCAGUGGCAGUGCAGAAACGCAUCGACUGCCACCCGCAGCCCGGCGCAUCCCGCGAGGCCUGCGAGGCGCGGAGCUGCACGUGGUGCGCCACCGACGUGCCCAACGCUCCCUCCUGCUUCUUCCCUGAGGACAGUCCCUAUGGCUACUCACUGGCUGGGAGUACUGAGAAGACAGCCACAGGCUGGAGGGUAACACUGAACAAGCACCAGGCCUUGUCCCUCUUCGGAAAUGACAUUUCCCCGAUCACCUUGGAAGUGGAGUUCCAGACAAGGGACAGAUUCCGGUUCAGGCUCUAUGACCCCAACAGUCAGCGGUUUGAGGUCCCACUCAAGAUUGACUCCCCUGGGGUUACUGCCGAAGAGACCAACUAUGAUGUAGAGCUCACGGAUGACUCCUCACACUUUAGGAUCAGGAGGAAAAGCACCGGCACUGUGCUGUGGGACAGUCCCCUCACUGAUCUGAUUUUCUCCAACCAGUAUCUUCAGAUCACAACUACUCUGCCAUCCACUUCAGUGUAUGGGUUUGGUGAACAUGAGCACCCAUCCUUUAAACACAGCAUGGACUUCAUUACCUAUGGCAUGUUCAGCAGAGAUCAGCCACCACGGCCAUUUGUCAACCUCUAUGGAGUUCACCCUUUCUAUUUGUGUGUAGAAGCUGACUCCAAUGCUCAUGGUGUUCUCCUGCUGAACUCCAAUGCACAAGAUGUUUCUCUGAGUCCAAACCCAUCUUUAACUUUUCGCACUAUUGGAGGGAUCCUUGACUUCUAUGUCUUCCUUGGACCAACUCCCGAAAACGUAAUUCAGCAAUACACAGAGGCCAUUGGACGCCCGCACAUGCCUGCCUACUGGUCUCUGGGAUUUCACCUCUCCCGAUGGGGUUAUGGCAGCAUCGAUGUUUUAAAGAAAACUGUUGAUCGCAUGCACUACUAUGAUAUCCCAUAUGAUGUCCAACAUUUUGAUAUUGACUACAUGGACCGUCGCCUGGACUUUACCUAUGACAAAGUGAACUAUGCAGGUCUGCCACAGUACCUCCAACAGCUGAAGAAAGAAGGAAUGCACAAUGUCGUGAUUCUGGACCCUUUCAUAACCAAGGAUGAAGAACCAGGCACUUACAGGCCUUAUGACCUUGGAGAGGAAAUGGGAGUCUGGGUGAACAACUCUGAUGGCAUUACUCCUGCUAUCGGGAAGGCCUUUCCCCCUGGAGAUUCAGUGUUUCCUGACUACACCAACCCCAGGACAGUGGAAUGGUGGACCCAGAUGUGUCUGGAGUUUAAGGAUGUCCUUGACUACGAUGGGAUCUGGAUUGAUAUGAAUGAACCGUCCAAUUUCUUAGAAGGCCAGUAUCCUGGAUGUGCUGUUAAUGAUCUCAAUAAUCCUCCUUAUGUUCCUAGCGUUUCUAAUCGUUCCCUGGCACUGCAGACAUUGUGUCCUGACUCCAAGACCUACCUUGGGGAGCAUUAUAACACACACUCUCUCUUCGGCUGGUCACAGACAGCACCAACUUUCAAUGCUGUCCAGCAGGCAACUGGAAAGCGAGCAUUUGUCCUGACUCGGUCUACGUUUGUUGGCAGUGGGAAGUAUGGGGGUCACUGGCUGGGUGACAACUUCUCUAGGUGGAAAGACAUGCACCAGUCAAUCAUUGGGAUCCUGGAAUUCAACCUCUUCGGCAUCCCUUUUGUCGGUUCUGAUAUCUGUGGGUUUAACUAUAACACUACCUAUGAGCUCUGCUUACGCUGGAUGCAGCUUGGCUCUUUCUACCCAUUUGCCAGAAACCACAAUUCAGCGGGAAAUAGUGGUCAUAAACUGCCAAGUACCUGGAACAAGAACUAUGCUACUGUGCCUGCCCCAUUGAGCAAGAUCCCUCUCUUUAUCCGUGGAGGCUACAUUCUGCCAGAACAGGCACCAGCCACAACCACUACUAAGAGCCGCCUGAACCCAUUUGGGCUCAUUGUUGCCCUGGAUGAACAAGGAAAAGCUUCUGGAUCUCUCUUCUGGGAUGAUGGUGAUUCCAUUGAUACUAUCGAAAAGGAGAACUACUUCUUGGCUAAAUAUACAUACAGCAAAGGACACCUGAAGACAGAAAUACUUAAAAAUGGAUACAGAGGAGCUGACUCUCUGGAGUUCAAAAGAAUUACAAUCCUUGGCCUGAAACGGAGACCUUAUGUUGUUGCUCUCAAUGGAAGAGCCAUCCGCGGAUAUGCUUCCUCUUAUGAGCUGAGUGGGCCUCUGGCAGUAACAAUUACCGUUCUCUUUACAGGGGCAGUCAGCACUAACGACCGUCUCGGUGUCUCACAACCCCGCUGCGCAGAGCGCCCCUGGCCGGCGCACUGCUCCCGCUGCGCCCCCUGGCGGCGAGGGGCCCGCCCGAGGCGCUUGAUACCGGGCUGCGCCUCGCUCGCGGGCCCGCUUCGGCGCGGACCGCGCGGGGCAGUGAAGUUGGCACGAUACCGGCCGGCUCCCCCGCCGCUGCCUCCAGGGCGGAGCUCGGGGCACUCUGGCACUCGGCACUCAGCCAGGACAGGAGGGGAUUCCCCGGACAAGUUUCCGUGCAGGGGCCGAGGGGGAACCCACCGUGAAGGCGCGGGAGAGAAGGCGCUCGGCCCGCCCCGCGGGAUGGCUCCUACCGGCUCCCUUCUCCGCCCCACAGGACGCUGGGUGGCGGCGGCCGCGGUACCGCUGAGACCCGCUGGGGUCCCCGGCCCGCGAGCCCGGCCCUAG